CGCUUGUUGUCCCAAAUAUCUUGAUCUCAUCCUUCAUUGUGGUUGUUAAAUCUGGCCGUUGUCAGCUAGUGACACAUCUGCGGAUGCAUGGAGGAAGAGCUGCUGGCUCGUGUGAUACACUCAGGAUGAAGUCCUUGUCGUCGCUCCUACCGGACUCUCCAACUCUGUCCUUCAUAGAAAACAAGAUGACUCGUAUCAAAGCAGCUUUGCAAAGACCAUCAACAUCUAAUUGCAUGUUUUCUUCUGAUCACGAAAGGGACAUGAACAGUAAACUACAGAAGAAUACGAGACCAAUGACAGCUGUGACUCCAUCAAGACCCAGUGCAAACCUGAGAGGUUUCUGUGAAAGGGAACAUACAGGUAACACUGAAGGACAUUUGGAGACCCAAAAGGAAAAGCCAUGCAAGGCAAGUAAGACUCUGGCUGCCAUGAAGUCUACAUCAUCUCCACCUUUGCUCUUAAGAAUAGGGAUUUUUGAGGAAGGCAGUAUUUUGGUGUCACCUGAAGUAUUAGGCAGAGAAUGUGACCUAAACAUGAGUCUAAUUAGUGAAGGAACAGAGUGUAUUUUCAUCCCCACAGAACUGUUUCUGAAGGAGGCUCCCUCUGAGUCUGUAAAGGCAGCUCUUGAACUGGUGAACACCUACCCUACAGAGAGCAUGAUUAGAGAGAGCUAUGUCAGACAUCAGGCUUGGAGUGCCUAUAAAGCCAGACUUGUUCGGCAACGCUGCAGGAGACACCAAGAUGCCAGUUUGUGUCCACAGAGUUUUUAAGUGUCUGUACUAAAUGUUUCCAAAUUCAAUUUCACCAUUUUAGUAAUGGUGCACUAAUAAUCAAGUCAUCUAAGUAGGGUUAUUAAAAAAAAAAAAAAAAAAAGGUUACAAUAUUUUGAAGAAAUAGACAUGUAAAAGCACUUUUUUACAGAUUAGAUGUGUGUGACUCAGAUAAAUACUUACGCUGACGCAUGACAAACAAAUUUUACUUUGAUUUAGUAGUUCAAAAAGUCAGUGCCUGAUGUAAUCAAAGCUUGAAUGCAUGAAUGUUGUAUUUAUACCAUUAAACAUAUUCUCUCUCUUUUUUUUUUUUUUUUUUUUAGGUUUCAAUUUUACUUAUCUAGUAUUUAAGAAAAGCAUGAGCAACACAAUUCUAAAUUGACAUUACCUACAUAACAUACCAAAGAACUGAGCCUCCUUAAUUGAAAAAAGAAGAAAAAUCAGUCUCUUAUAGUUUUACUCUUGAACGUGUUAUUUUCUAGGCUGUACUUUCACUUUGACUUGGCAUAAGACAGAUGUUCAUUUUUGUUCUGAUUGUCAGGAACAAGCGGUUUUCUGUGAUGCUUCUGACCCCAAUGUAAUGAGCUGUGUGGGUACUCCUGGAAUAAUGCACAGAGAUGCAGGAAAAAGAAGGCUCUUUAUUCUGACAGGCACUUGCAGGUAAAAGCAACAUUCAACCACAACAGCCAAAGAUGCUCACUGUGCAACAUGUACAUCCCAAGCCAGAUCUGGUUGCAACACCCUCCAAUCCCAAAUGGCAGGCUGGCACAGUGCCAGCUGGGGUAAAGGUAAAGUGUGCCUGGACCAUCACAAUAUUUAGACAUUUAUAUUAGUUUACUAUAAUAUGACUGUGCCUAUGAGCAUCCGCAGAUCAGUUUACUAUAAUACAACAAGUAGAUCUGAACAGCUUAGUGCAAGCAUGUCUUUAAUACUGGCCACAUCCAUGGGAUUUGUAAACUAAAUGAGGUUCUAGAAUUUUAAAUAAGACUCAUGAGGACUGCAUUUAAAUACAGGAGUGGCAUGUCAUAAACAGAGAAACAGUAUUUGAAUGAUCAUUAUUUAUUCAAGAUUUUCCCCUCUUGUAUGACAUCCCAAAUAAACUGUUCUGAAAAAAAACAUUUCACUGGAAAUUCCUUUAAACUGCUGCAUAUUGAUUUCAUCGUCUGGAUUGGCACAGACUGAAACUGAAUGAUAAGUACUCCUUUUGAAUAAGUUUUGGCAUUACCUGUUUGCACUGUGUGAGCGUUCACAAAAGAUUGGUAUGGGGACAUCUUCAUUGAUAAAAUAAAGUGGGGCACUGCCUAACAACAAAUAGCUGCAAAUUUCCUUGCAACUGUCUUUGUAGUUUAAAGGUUUAUCAAAUGGUACAGUAAAAAAUUCAGCAAGUAAAAUAUUGAAUAACUAUCAAUUUGUCUUUGAAAAAACAAUCACACCCGACAACAAUGUUUGAGAAAUGCCACUCAUGUGAAAUGCAGUUCUCUUGCACCAAACACUGAACUACAUAAAAUGGAAUUUUAAAUUUAAGAAUCACGUUUCAUUUACAAUCAUCUUGGAUAUGGUCACUAUUCCAAAGAUGGUCCUGCAGUAAAAUACUUGCCCAGACAAGCUGACAGUAAAAAUGAUCUACUGUGUCACAAAGUGGACAGGAAUAAUAUAACUAUCCACAGACAUUUUUGAUUGAUUUCAGCAUGUGGUAUUUAAUUGCCUGAUACUUUAGUGUCUAGUUGUUGUAAAUCAUGCAUCAUAACCUGGAAAGCAAAUGCUAAUGAUAUGGUUCUGAGACUUAACACCAUUUGUGAUAUCCACUUGUGCAUUAUGAAAUGUUCACCAUAGUUUUUUCAGCAUACAUACAGUGUCACAAGAAGCAUACAUCUUUACAGCUGUAAUUGAUAUUAAUUCCAAACAAUGAAAG